AUGGCUUUGAACCCAGAGGAACAGGAGAGCCAAAUCGUUGUUCCGCCCCAUUCGCCUCCCCCUGAGCAAGAUUACCUUGACGAUGCAUUUCCUGGUGGUGCCGAUGGUUAUCACGAUCCAAUUCUAAAUGAAGAACAAUACCUUGAUUCUGAUGAUGUACAAAUGGUUGAUGUUAGUUCCGAAGCGGACGAAGUUAUCUCGAAUACACAAUUGAUGUCCCAUCGAUAUCCGUCUCACACUUCUCAACAAGAUAGCCACAAUUCCUUGGUUGAACAAACUCAGUUUGCAGAUAUUGAGAGAGAUACUCAAGCAAUUCAAAGUGAAAAAGAGCCUGUUCAAAAAGACACUCAGAAUGUCAGUCUUGGUUCUCGAUCGUUUAUCGAAGAGACUCAAUUUGCAGGCAUUGAGAUGGAUACUCAGGCUAUUGAAGAUACUACUCAAUCCGAUGAUACAUUUUCAUCAUUCCAGAAGCCACAUGUCCUGGAGAAUGACGGAUCAGCCAUCAAUGUUGCCCGUCAAACCAAAAUGUCACCACCAAAAUUGUUUUCGAGGCCAGUGGAGCCCAAAGAAGCUCCUUUCAGAUAUUUUCCUGCUCCACCUGUUAGAAGAAACCAUGGAUCGGCAGUCCAGAAUGCAUCCGCCUCCAGAGCUUUAGCUCAAACAACAGAGAGAACCCCCAAAGUAUUGUCGAAAGUUACUCCUAUCCCCGAGCUUCACGGCAGACCUUCGAUAAACCCGGUGCGUCAUACCCAGAAAGCAAAUCCUGGAGAUAAUAGUGCCUCUGCAACUCAUUCUAUCCCCGAUGUUCGUAUCCGUCUAUCUGUGAAGCCAAUUGGGGAGAGAGAAGUAGUCCCUGUUGUUGAGAAUAUGCCAUCGAGCCAACACCUACUAGAUACCCACAAUAUUCCUUUAACUACUUCGACUCGACCUCCGAAAAGCGUCGCUCUACCAGACUUCAAUGCUCCCAGACACCACCAAAUGUCCAAUGUUCUUCCUAGUCCAUCUGACAAGCCAGCUCUGGAGCAGAUACCGCCUCCGACCAUUCAAAACACGGCGAUCAACGAGCAGUUUUCCGAUACUUGCAACUUACCUCUACCAAACUGGGUUCAUUCUCCGAGAGGUCUCUCUUCAGUUUUGCCUAACAAAUUUCAACAUCAUCAAAUUCCCGAUAGCAAUUCUGUUUUGUUAGUCAAGGCCUGCGGUUCUAAGGAAGCUGUACGACCCAUUGUUCAGGACCACUCAGCGAUCCAUCCUCCCAUCCAAGAGCCCACCAAGGGCAUGGCAUGUCCGCCACUUCAGACGGAAGGAAUUAUCUCAAAUCCAAAUGACAUCACUCCGCGGUCUACAAGUCAUAAUGAAGUGGCCUCUUUCAGCAAAUCGAACAAUAUUCCGGUGCUGAAUGCUUCUCAAAGUGGACAAUCUAAGCUGGUUGGGUUGCCUCCAUCUCAACCAAAUGCUGUUACACCAACCCAUUAUGCGGGUCGUCCCCGGCGAAGACAAAAGUCGUCGAAUCAAAUGAAUCGUUCCGGCGUGAGUAAAAUCAGUGUUUAUGGUAACUUAGUCAAGAAACCUCCAUUCCCAGACGCUCUUGCGGACGAAUCGAAAUUGCAAGUACACGGAGAAAUUUCAAACAAAAUUGAAGUGCCUGUACCACAGCCCCAAUGCUCAGAGCCUCAUCCUACUGACAAAGAGCUACCCAAGAAUCGGAUUGAAGCAGCUACAGUACCAGAGUCCCAGAGAUUACGUACCAAUGACAGACGCAUCCAACGAGAAACGAUGACACAGUCAGUGACGAAUGCUGAUCCUCUUUCAGUCUCUGAAGUUCAAGUCUUGGAUAACAGAACGGAAGAUUCCAAGGUGAAUCCUGUAGAAUAUGAAGAUAAUUCGCAGGUCGAAGAUUCCGAGGAAUUUAAUCAAUCGAUUUCGAGUCCCAAUUUCCGGCCAGGUCAUCCCGUUACGCAAAUCGAUCGGCAUUCUCCAGCACAUCGGGUGCCUUUGCGUACUGUAUCUCGAGCAAACAUAUCCCGACCUCACACACCUCGAUCUCAGACAACUCCACGAACUCAGGGUGCUCAUGAGGCUCACCGAAAAUCCGUAAAUAGACCAAUCAAACCCCAUGACCUUGAACCUCAAGAAAUAUCUGAGUUAACAUCGAGUCAUUUUAGUGUGUCCAAAGUCACCAAAUCAGCAGCUGUGCAUUCUCAAGAUGAAAAGAAUAAAACUGGAGAUCACGUCAGUAGCUGCCAAAAUAGAUCUUCACUAGAUUUUGGUGCUCUUCAUUGGGCUAUCGCCGAGUGCCAGACACAACAAAUCGUUAUCAAAGAUCAAGAGAAUCAGGUCGUGAUUCUCAAUGCUCAGUUGCGAGAUGCAGAAGCCCGGCUGCAAGAUACAAAUCUACUCAACGAAGAAUUGGAGACAAGUAAAGGUGAAUUAUCAAAGAGAGUGGAGAGAUUGAAUCAUUUAUCAAACAGCUAUAGAGAACACAUCAAUGGUGUUGUCAUUUGCCAGAAGUCUCUUAGACAAGAUUCAAAAGAGAUGAAGGAAUCGAUGGGAAAUUUGAAAGCAAAGAGUCAAGAAAUUAGGAAUAUUGAUGCUCAAAUGAAGAAAAUGAGGCGUCUAUUGGACGAAAUUAAGCAAGUUCGAAAGGAGCAAAGCGAGCGAGACAAGACUAUUCCAACCUUGGAAGCUUUGAAUGAACAGAAUGAUCAACUUCGAUCUGAUAAUGAACGCCUCAGAGCUGAUUAUAAUUCAAAAUUGGUGGAACUUGAAGAAGAACGUUGUCACAUUGAGCAACUUGAAAAUCAAAUCAACGGCGAUAUGGAUCGCCACAAAGAAGUCAUGGAAAUUCUCCAAAAACCACAAGUAGACACCCUCGGAGAACUUACGAAAGAAGACGGGAUUCUCAAAAAGGUCUUGAUUUCCACCGAGAGUGUCAAUGGAAAGUUUGACGAAAUGACAAAGACAUUCGCCAGUUCUUUCAACCAAACAUUGGAGUGGCCACAAACUAUGACGAAGAUUCUCGAAGAAUUUUACUCUAGAAUUGAAACGAAGUUAGAUGAUAAUGGUAGUGGGGACACUAUUUUCCAGGAGUCUACUGUCAAGCUCUUUGACGAUCUUAAAGAACGUCUCAAUCAACUCAGUGGUGACAUGGAUGAAAAGACCAAGCUCAAUGAGCAGAUCAAUACGCUCCGGGAGACCAACGCCACAUUUAUGGCGAAUCUAAGCUCAAAGGAAGCAGACUUGGAAAACAAUAUCGCCCGAAUGAAUGAAUUAACUAGAGAGCUGGCAGAUGCUCAUUCAGAGUUAAUGGGGAAAACUCAGCAACUCGCGAUCUCACUUGCUGAGCCGAGAGAGAACCCCGAAUUGAAGAGAAAGGUCGAAGAAUUGACCACUGAGACUUCUAGACUGGAGGGCCUUCUUACCGCUGCUAACCAUGACAAGCAUCAAGCCGAGAAAGAGAUUCAAGCUCACCAAACGACAAUUACUACCAUCCAAAAACAGUUACGCGAUAUGGAGGAAAAAUUCCGAGGUGUCAAGUCUACCAUUGAGGCAUUAGAAGUAAAGAAUCAAAAGUCUCAAAUGGAUUGCGUUUCAACUACGGAAAGAGUUCGACAGGAGACCACGCGACUUGCUCUGUUUCAAAGAAAGCAGUUGCUCGCCCAACACGACUCCUUAGUCAAUGACCUCAAACACAAACAAGCAGAAACUGAGAAAAGACUCCAAACCGCAAUUGAGGAAUCAAAGACGUUUAAAGAUACGAAUGAUAAGCAAACGAAAACUAUCAGCGAGCUUGAGUCAAAGAUAGCUACAUGCAAAGACCAGUUAUUGCAGCAAAUCACUCAGCUUCAGAGCUUAGAGGAACGCUUCAUAUCUCCUCAGUUUCAGAAAUUAAAACAAGAACACAAACAAGUAGUAUUGUCAAUUCGCAAAGAGCAAGAAAAUCAACAUGCAUCAUCACAAGCUUUUCUAGAGGAAAGUUUUAGAGUUAAAGGUGAACUUGAAGGCGCUCAAAGAAGACUACGUGAAAUGCAUGAAGAAAAUGAGCAUCUGACGAAAGAGAUUGAUCGUUUACGAAAGCGUUUGGAUGACAUAAAUGCGAUGACUGAAAGUACUCAAAAUAUGAUUGGCAGUUCUCAUCGUGUUGAUGAUAUUCGACCAAUAUCGCGCAACGAUAAUCGAUCGUCUUCACGCAAACCUGCUGAGCGGCGAUCUAGUAGUCUUCAUUAUCAAACUCGUGAAAAGGGCAUGGGAGAAAAUCAACAUAGAGUCCGUGAAAUCCAAACUGACGAAGUAAAAAAAACCUUUUCACGAACUUUAUCGUCUUCGCAAACAUAUGGCGACAACAGAGGCGGAAGUCAGACUCCAAUCAAACCAUUUUCUACUAUUGCUACUGUCGCAACAAGCCCUUUGACUGAUUUGGAGGACGUUAUGCCACUGGUUAGAUCUGCAAAUUGCCGGGAAGAUUUACAGCGAGUAUACAGCAAGAAUCGUCAGUUAUCGAAUGAUAAUAUUGUACAGAUGGAGAGUCGAUCCAAGUACUAUCACUAUGGAGAAGAACACCUUGGGACCCCAAAGUCAAAAAUUAACAAAGUCAUGCUUACUCUCGAAGGAGAAUUUGUCAAUACACCAACUCAAGCGUCCAGGACCAUUCUUUCAGUUGCAGAAGAAUCUGUUCAACGCCGAACGAACAAGCCACUCAAAUCUGCUUUGAAGAAAGGCGAUCACCAGGACUAUUCUGUUCCUCACGAUGCCUCACAAGAUCAAGUUCAGAACCAAGACGAGAGACUUUUUAAAAAGCCGGCACCAAGAAAUAAUCAUGGUGCCAGUAUUGGACUUCAAGCGACCCGUGGGACUGGUACGGGCAGUUACAAUCGUAUUGCGAGUGGAGUACCGAAAGGCACAAGCUCAAGAACACCAGAACCUCGAUAUGAACCAACACCUGAGAUCAAGCGAAACGCUAUGAAGAGAGCAAGGUCAAAUUCAUCGAUUCAUACCCAGGAUCUACAACCCACUAAUCCUGCGAAAGCCCCAAGAAUCAACCGCCGCCAGCCAAUAAACAAGACAAUCAUUCCAGAUUCUCAGUAA